UCAGCGCGAGCGGGGCCGAGGGCUCGAGCGAAGGGGAGCGCGAGCGAGCGAGGGAGACAAAAAUAAUAAAAACGGGAGGGAAGGCGGACAAACAUUAAAACAACAGUUUGUAAAGUCGCAAGCGAGGAACGGCACGGACGGAGUACUUUUAAAACAUUAAAAACAAACCCGGAUAAAAUCCAGAUCAAGACCAAUUUUGAUACAAGUGCAGAAUGUGGGGAAACCCAGCAAGUCUGGCGGCAUCUGUGGAGAGGGAGAAAGAGUUUCAAGUCCAGUUAUGACUUCAGAACUGAUAACUUGGCCAUUAGGAUUAUCGCUGCUUCGCUGAAGUAUUCAGCUGGAAGCCUGGAUUGAUUUAUUGAACAGGUUCUGGGAGUUGACUGUCUUUGACUUUGUAUUAAUGUUGGCUCGUUUGAAAGAACACUAUUCAAUCAGGGAGCAUCACUGACGUUGUGGUCCAAUGUAGCAGUAUUUGGUGGUAAAAGAAGAGUUCACUGCGUGGUGAGAUAAAAUUAGGAUCUCGAUCUCAGACCAUGUCAGUAUGGAUUCAGGCCCAGCAGCUUCAGGGCGAAGCUCUGCGUCAGAUGCAGUCCUUGUAUGGUCAGCAUUUCCCGAUUGAAGUUAGGCAUUAUUUGUCACAGUGGAUUGAAAGUCAGCCAUGGGAUUCAAUUGAUGUUGAGAAUCCACAAGAGGAAUUUCGAGCGCAUCGAUUGCUUGAGACCUUGAUACAGGAGUUACAGAAGAAAGCUGAUCAUCUAAUGGGUGAAGAUAUUUUUGUAUUAAAGCUGAAAUUAGGGAAUUAUGCCACUCAGUUAAAGAAUACUUAUGACCGUUGCCCACUGGAUCUGGUUAGAUCAAUCAAACACAUUCUGUACCAUGAGCAGAGGCUAAUUAGAGAAGCUACAAAUCCAAGUUCACCAGUAGGUUUGUUGGAUUCCAUGUCUCAGAAACAUCAUCAAAUAAACCAAACAUUUGAAGAACUAAGACUAAUGACUCAAGACACCGAGAAUGAACUACGAAAGCUGCAACAUACCCAAGAAUACUUUAUCAUUCAAUACCAAGAGAGUCUACGCAUACAAGCUCAGCUUACCCAGCUUGCACAGCUUAGUCCACAAGACCAGAACCGGCUCUUGCGAGAACAAAAUUUACAACAGAAACGGACAUCAGUGGAGAACUGGUUACAACGAGAAGCCCAGACACUACAGCAAUACAGACUGGACUUAGCCGAGAAACACCAAAAAACAUUACAGUUGCUUCGUAAGCUACAGACAAUUAUUUUAGAUGAUGAACUGAUUCAGUGGAAACGUCGUCAGCAAUUAGCAGGGAAUGGUGGUCAAUCUGAAGGGAGUUUGGAUGUGCUGCAGUCAUGGUGUGAGAAGUUAGCAGAGACAAUAUGGCAGAACCGUCAGCAGAUCAGGCGAGCUGAACACCAAAGGCAGCAGCUACCCAUCCCAGGUCCAGUGGAGGAGUUACUUACAGAACUCAAUGCAACAAUUACAGAUGUAAUAUCUGCACUAGUCACGAGCACCUUUAUAAUUGAGAAGCAACCCCCUCAGGUUUUGAAGACUCAAACCAAGUUUGCAGCUACAGUACGCUUAUUAGUAGGAGGAAAGCUUAAUGUUCAUAUGAACCCACCCCAAGUGAAAGCAACAAUCAUCAGUGAACAACAGGCCAAGGCUCUUCUGAAAAAUGAGAAUACUAGAAAUGACAGCAGUGGUGAAAUAUUAAACAACUGUUGUGUUAUGGAGUACCAUCAAGCAACAGGAACCUUAAGUGCCAACUUUAGAAACAUGUCUCUUAAACGAAUCAAGCGUUCUGAUCGACGUGGAGCAGAAUCAGUCACAGAAGAGAAAUUCACAAUUCUUUUUGAAUCACAGUUCAGUGUUGGUGGAAAUGAAUUAGUGUUUCAGGUUAAGACUUUAUCACUUCCAGUGGUAGUAAUCGUUCAUGGCAGCCAAGACAACAAUGCAACUGCCACGGUACUUUGGGAUAAUGCAUUUGCAGAACCAGGUCGGGUACCGUUUGUAGUUCCUGACAAAGUACUUUGGCCACAGUUAUGUGAAGCUCUCAACAUGAAGUUCAAAGCAGAGGUUCAAAGUAACAAAGGAUUGUCAGAAGAAAAUCUUGUUUUCUUAGCUCAGAAAGCAUUCAGUAGUUCAGCCAUACAUGCAGAUGAUUACAGUAAUAUGACCAUCUCUUGGUCCCAGUUUAAUAGGGAAAGUUUGCCAGGUAGAAAUUUCACAUUCUGGCAAUGGUUUGAUGGAGUCAUGGAGCUGACAAAAAAGCAUCUAAAGCCUCACUGGAAUGACGGGGCAAUUUUGGGCUUUGUAAACAAGCAGCAGGCACAGGACAUGCUGCUUUCCAAGCCAAAUGGAACCUUCCUGCUGCGAUUCAGUGACUCUGAAAUUGGAGGGAUUACAAUAGCUUGGGGAGCAGAUAAUCCCAACAAAGCAGAAAGAAUGGUUUGGAAUCUCAUGCCUUACACAACCAAAGAUUUUUCAAUUCGAUCAUUGGCAGAUCGUAUCAGCGAUCUCAAUCAUUUGCUGUACUUGUAUCCUGACAGACCCAAAGAUGAUGUGUUUUCCAAAUACUAUACGCCACCAUUAUCAAAAGCAGUAGAUGGGUAUGUAAAACCACAGAUCAAACAGGUAGUUCCAGAGUUUGCUACAGCAUCAUCUGAUGCUACAUCAUCAAGCAGUACUUAUAUGGAGCGAGCAGCAUCACCUGCAGUUUGUCCCCCACCUCAGUAUCCCCUCUAUUCACAAAACCCAGACAGUAUGCUUGAUCCUGAAGGGGAUUUUGACCUAGAUGAUACAAUGGAUGUUGCCAGACAUGUGGAGGAGCUUCUGCGCAGGCCAAUUGAUAAUCAAUGGCUUCCUCAUCAACCAACAUGAUUGACAAUCCCCACCUCAUAGAAAUUAUUGUUUCUUAUGGUUUCAUUCCAUAAGUUGCUUCAUUUCCAAAUCAUUCAUAAUGUGAAAUGUUAAUAAUCCUCGUGAAGCUAAUAUUUUUGUGCAUGUUGAAGCAACGCAAAUGUUUUUAAAUGUCUUGUUUGCUUAGAAUAAGGCUGCAGUUUUGGCAACUCUGGAUUAUGGUUUUCUGUUGUACAAAAUGAAAGUUGCUAUUUGCAUGAUUUUUAUUUACCCUUGGAAAUUGUUACUUUUUUUGGUAGAUCAGAGUACAGUUUUAAUUUCUAUUUUAGUCUGUUUUGUUUCACAAGUCAAAUAGACAAUUAAAACCCAAUUUGAACACUGCCUUUACCAAGUCAGUCCGAGCUACUUCAGUUAUAUAUGGGUUCUACUACUUCAAUCAUUUUCUCGGAUAGUUGUGUUUUGUUGGAAAUCAAUUUUCAGUUUUUUGGUUAGUAACUUCAGUUGAACACUGGGUCAUAAAUUGGCACAGGCAAGCCACGAUGAUGACAAUUUUACUCAUUAAGCAAAGUUUAGACUCAUCUUAAAGGUUUUGUGACAUAUUCACAUUGAGACAUUUAGGAAGGGUAGUUUAUGAUGUAUAUUUUUGUAUCACUUAACUAUUUGCUUGCCUUGGUUGUUUCCAGGAUCACUAUGUAUUUUUUUUAAAUGAAAAACACAUUUGGCCUCUUUUACAAUCAGGACAGUUUUAGAGGAGGUUCUUGUUACAUAUGUAUAAGAAGUGCAUGUGUUUGGUGUGACAUGGCUGUCAAGAUUUGCACUGAACAAAAUCAAGACAUUACCAAGGCACUCUUAAGCUAACUAGUUUGUAUAUGUCAACAUGUACAAAACUGCCUAGUUGCCAAGAUUCAUUCACACAACUAGUUACCUUAGGACUCUUAACUUAUAAAUUUUAAAAUUUCUGAUCCAGGCAUCGGUGCACAGCAGCUAUUACUCAGAUCAUGUAAGGGCAAUAUUCUACACACAGGGCCACCAGGAAGAAAAGAUCUGUUGAAUUAAUUUAGUUGCCCUUGUAGCGAAGUUGAAGAUUUUUCUUCAAUCUCUGCCAUGAUUUGCCAAUAUCUUGAUAACUUCUCCUUUCUGACUGUGUGAAAAAGAAUUUAAAACAUUUUGACUUACAAGUAGAUAUAAAUUGUAAUGAGGAAAAAUAGCCAGGCUCAUUUCUGAGAUGCCUUAAUAAGCUGUAUUGGAUAGUAAUUGGUGCAGUAGAGCAUUGUAUUAGAAGUUUAUUUAUAUGGUGUUGGGUGUUACUCUGACUAUACUUGAUCCUAGCAGUACUGGGACAUCAGUUGAACAAAGGUUAUUCCUUGAUACAGCAGAAAUCUUUCAGAGGGACUACCCCUCUAGUAAAUGGACAAAGGGAAAUUUUUUUAUCAUUUCUUUUUGAACAACCACUAGACAAUGUACAGAAAUUGAAACAGUGUUCAUUCUUUUAAAGGGGUGCCCACUCUGAUAUUUGCCAUAAUCCCUUGUUGAGGAAUGUCAUGAUCAGCCUAAUAACCACAAACAAAAAGGGGAGGAUGGAAACAAUGCAGAUGUUUACAAUUUAAAUUAUCCAGUGUACUUUCCCAUAAAAAUAUAGAGUAUUCUAACAGCUUAUGCCCAUUGCUUAUUGCCUUUUUGUUAAUAUGCCCAGGUCUACUGAGAUGUAACGUUUUCUUUUAUAGUUAGAAUAUUUGGUUAUCUUUAGUGUAUACUAACAAAAGAUCAGUGUAUUGCUACUGCCAAACAAUUUUUGCUAGUUUGGAUAUUUGUUAAUCUGUACAUAUAUUGGAGAAAAAAUUGUUUCUUCUUCAGGGUUUCUGCAUCCAAUAAACUUUUGUCUCAUUGCAAUGUAACAGGAGAAAAUUACUUUCUAUCUCUUUAAAUUCUGAGAGGAAUGCCUCCAGUAUUUGAUUAUUUCUGAAACUAAUACUUCAUACUGCAUUCCCCUACUUUACCUGUUGUUGGUUUAUAUUUACCAUUAAUAGAAUGUUCAUCCUAAAAGUAUUCAAGCCACUUUUUAAGAGUGACAUUACAUUGAAUUAAUUUCUGAAGCUUCUUUUAAUGCAUGAACUGAUUUUGAUACAGACUUGUGCACUUUUCUAUAAUGUUGGCCAGUAUUAAAGAACACAUUUUCCCCUUUGUGUUAGAUUUAGUGGCACAAUGGACUUGUGUAUAUCAGGGUAUGAAUCAACUGGUGGAAGCAUCUCUUCCAAGCUGAGUUCUAUAUUUGCUUACACCGCUUUCUCUCAGCUGAAAGUUGUCAGUCUAUAAUCACAUGAUUCAGUAGCAUGUUAUGGAAACUUUCAAUAUUGCUAGUCUAUGAAGUGACUAUAUAAAAUGUAGUACUGCAUCUCUGAAAUUAGAAUUUUGAUGCAUUAUUGACAUAGUAUGGGGAAAUCAUAUGGUAAAUUUAAUAUUCACUAUCCCAGAUCAAUGCCUUUUUUUUGAGGAUCCUUUACCAAUUCAAACAUUACGAUUACCAGCCUUGAAAGAGUUGUCUGAUUUAACUGUGGUUAUUUCUGUGCUGUAACUUCCUGAUUGCUGUAGGUGGAUUCUUGGUGAGUAUGGGUGUCACAGUUCAUUGGGAGUAGGUGAGAAUAUAGAUUUGAGUCCAUAAUCAGAUCUUAUUGAAUAGUGGAACAAGCUCAAGGGAUCGAAUAGCCUACUGCUGCCUCUAAUUUGUACAUUCAAACCUAGGGUGGAUUUCUGAUGCAGUCAGGUUUCCAUCUAUGGCUUCUUCAAGCCAAGACACACAAUGCUGAACCACGCAAAUACAAUUCUUCAUUAUUUAGGCACCUCUCACAUAUUGUUAAGAAUUUUCUAAUCUUGAUUGGUUAUCUAUUCCAAGCCAUACAUUUAAUAUAUCACAGUUCCUUCAUUUGUUGUGGGGUUAAAAUCCUGGAGCCCCUAAUCCAACAGUACUGUGAUAGUAUCUUCACACAAACUGCAGCAGUUCAAGAAAGCUCACCCUCAUAUUAUGAGCCACGAGAGACUGACAAUAAAUGGUUGUCUUGCUAUUAAUGUCCAUACUGUUUUCAUGAAUACAAUAUUUUUUCUCAUAAUAUUCAGGAUUAUUCCACGUGCCAACACUUCGUGCAUGUACUGCUCUUUCUCCACUACUCAGAAAGGCCUUGGAGGACUUGUAUGAUGAGGGCUUUGUUUUUACACCUAAACGUAGUCUGUUCAUCACAUUCUGAUGUGAUGUUAAGGUAAUUAUAUUGUACCCAGGAAUCCAGACCCUUAGUUGGGUCUGAUAAGCAGCAUUUAAUAACCAAAAUUAAUAGAGUACAGCAGUUUAGUCACAAAAAUCCCAAAGAUCUACUUACCUAUAAUUUAUUGCCAAUAGAAAUCGACAGUAAACUCUAGCUGGAGCAUUUUGACGAAAUUGAACCUAGUAUUUGAGAAACACGAAAGAAUGAUUUGUUUUGUCAGGCAGUUAAAUGAAAAAUUAUGUUUACCAAAAAUUGCAGUUUAAAUUUCGUCAGCAACUGAGGAGUACUUGAAGCCUAUAUCAGCAAAAGUAGAGACUGUUUUCCUCUUAAAAUUGAUGUUAGUUGUGAAGAAUAACAAAAUAAUUUUGCAUUUAUAUAGUGCAUUUAAUGUUCUAAGUAUCCCUAAGUACUUCGCAGGUGUUGAAGAAAAGCUUAGAGGAGAUGUGCAAAGGGAAUUGCAAAGCUAACGCAGCUACCCAUGUUGGUAUGAUUAACAUCAAGUUUAGACAAAAAUUUGUGGUCUGCAGAGAUCUAAAGAAUGGGUUAUGACGCUGAAAGAAACUACAAAGUGAAGGGUCAAGGCCAGAGAUUUGAAAACAAGGCUGCAAAUCUUUAACAGACAGAGAGGGAACUGCAGAUGCUGGAGAUCAGAGUCGAGAGUGUGGUGCUGGAAAAGCACAGCAGAUUAGACAACAUCCGACGAGCAGGAGAAUCAACGUUUCGGGCAUAAGCCCUUCAUGAGGAGGGCUUAUGCCUGAAACAUCGAUUCUUCUGCUCCUUGGAUGCUGCCUGACCUACUGUGCCUUUCCACACUCUUGACUGCAAAUCUUAAGUUGUGGUAUUGAUUGGUUGGGAGCUAAUGCUAAAUUGCAAGCCCAGCAGAGAUGGGUAAGGAUGGCUUGUUGCAAAUUUAGGUUGUGGGCAACAGAGCUGUAAAAAACCAAGCUCUGUGGAGGAUAGAACAUGGGGCCUGACCAGGAAUGCAUUGGAAUAAUCAAGCCCAUAAAUAACAGAUGCGGAUGAGGCAUUCUGCAGUUGAUAAGUUGAGGCAAGUUUGAAAUUAGGCUGUUAUUAAGGUGAAAAUAAAUGAAUGUGUGAUAAGAUCAACUUGGGUCCAGUAGAGCAUCAGUGUUACAAAUUGUGUAGUUCAGUUUUAAAUAGCCAAGGAAAUGGAUGGAGUUAGCAAUAUUUCAGUGACAUAGAAGGUGCGAUUACCUACCUUUGUCUUUCACAAAGUAUAAAGUCUUGAAUAAACCACAAUCCCUUGAUAAUUUAAGCUUUAAUAUUUUAGUUACUUUAUGAUCAAUAAGUGUGUGGUUCUGAGAUAUACAUGCUGGAAGUUGGAGUCAGGUAGGGUAUGAUUCACACGCUAAGAAAUAAAAUUGAUUUCUCCAGAACCAAUAGAAUUGUAGAACUAAUUAAUCGAAAUGAAAGACACAAUAAAAUUUGAAAAACAAUUAAGAUUCCAUAAGUUUAGUCUUAGUAGAUUUGACUCAUACUCGCUGCUGAGUUUAGCCUUAUUGUUCACAGUCUAAAGUCUGAAAAGUAAGCUAAAGCUCCUAACGGUACCAGCAACCAUUGCUGAAAGCACUUCUGAUAUUAGCUAAGAAGGUUUUUGGCUUUGGUGUGACUUUGAAUAGCAACUACUGUAUUUAUCUGUCAUGGAGCAAGCCUAAACACAUGAUUGUGAUUUGUCCAUUCUUCGUUCAUGGAAGGUAUAGAAGUAAGUUGACCCCAGUUUAUUCCCAUAAAAUAUUCCAAAUGCAGUUGUUCAGGGUUACACAAUGGUUCAUGCUCCAAAUGUUUUCUUGUAAGAUAUUAUUCAGUAAGUUGAACUCAACUUCCAUAUUUACUUCAGUGCACAUAUUCAGAUACCCUUAAUUUCAGAGACCUUAACGUUAGUGAACCUGAAACCAACUGGUCAAAAAUAAACCAGAUACAGUAGCUAAGUGCAAGGUUAUAUACAGUAUGAGGACCUAGAAUGAGGCAUUCCUGUGUGAAUUUAAAGUGAUAAGUGUACUGCAUUUUUCAUUUGGGCUUGCAAUUGUGAAAGUACUUCAAUAUGUGAAGGACCCCUGAAUAUGAAGAAAGUGGAGGGUAAUUACACCUUCAAUGAAUUUUCAAUCUGCCCCACUUAUUACUAUCUUGAAAUGAUCUAAUUGUAUCUUAUUUGGGAGAAAAAGGAACAAUUUAUUCUCUAUCCGAUUUUAGUAAUACCAGCAAAAGCAAUAUUUUUAAUUGGACACCUGACUUCUGUAGUAUUUGUUCUUCAUUGUGCUUAUGCUGUGUAUACCAUAAAACAGUAAAGAAUUAACGGUGAUGAUUUAUGGUUCAUCUUCACUAAGUUCAUAAUGCAAUCAUUUCAGUUCAUUUUUACUGUGCUUUCAUG